AUGGCUGCAAGUGGAUCUUCAGCAAACCACAAGGGUAAUAGGCAUAGCGACGCUGGGAGACAUGAUUGGGAUCAGUGGGUUACUAAAUACAAGCUACAAUAUGGCGAUGAUGGACUAACUUUCAGGAUUUACAAGCGAAACGUAGACACAUUAGACACGGUAUCAAAACGAAAGACUUUUUGAACAUGAUGUUUUUUUCCUUCUUGCUGUAGGGUGGGACAACGAAAAACAAUUAGUCCCCAAGAGCGAUAGAACCUGAGAUCUUCGAAUUCUUCGCUCCAAUACACUAACGCUUCGCCACAGUGACCUUACAGACAACUGAGCUAUCACGAGGUCCAUCAUGUGUUCAAAUAUGUACUUUUCUUUUUUUGCUUUUGGUGGGUCUGAGACGAGGUCGAGAUACUUGAGAACACUAGAGAACGAGUAGUAAAAAAUUAGUGAGAUCAAACUGUACUCGUUUAUAUCUAUGUUUGUAUUUGAUGGCUGAUAAACAUGUAGAAAAGCAUUAACUAAAGUUCUAGGUUUAGACCUACUGCUUCUGUAUAAUGCAUACAUUCGUCAAUUCUACAUCCCACAAUACUCUACUCAGGUUUUCCCAGGAAACACUGACAGGGACACAGUUGUGUAUCAUGAUCUUAACCCGGUCAUUGAUGCUCGCUUCGUUCGAGUUCUUCCGAUGGAAUGGUUUGACUUUAUCGGGAUGAAAAUGGAGCUUUACUCUUGUCAAAGUAAGUUAUUGGUUGCACUGUUUAUCCCUGGCUGGAUUAUUGUGCUUAACUUUCAGAAAUGAUCAACAUGGAUUUUCUCCCUAUAAUGUCCUUACCUUACCCAGCAAACAGGUUAUAAGAAUAUUCAAACUUAUCAGGUAGAAGUUGUCAUCUUGGUCUUAUAUCAAAUUCUUCUAACUAAUUUACAAGGAUAUGUGUAGCAGCUGAAGGGGAGAUUUGUUAAUUACGAGUAUGAUUAUCAGAGAGAAUUGGACGACUCGAGGUUUUGUCACCAAUUAAUCAAAACUAUGCAAACAUUUAAGAAAGAGACUGGAACAUCGGUUAUACGUCUUCAUAAAAUUAAAAAAAACAAGAGUUAAAUCGGCGAAACAUCACGCACAUGACGCGUUCUGUCCACUUACGCAGGCAUGACGUGUUAAUUGUCCCUAUAGCUGUCCUAUUACACUGUCCAAUUACAUACAUGACGCGUACACUGUCCUAUUAGUGCUCUACUCGGGCUGGUGAUAACCAAUCACGUUUGAGAGUUUUGUUAUAGUUUUUCGGGAACCUCUUCCGAGGAGAGAAUUAGCCUCUCAUUCCAAAGAUGGAAUAUCUUCAUCAUCACACGUGGAAUUGUACUCUAAUAUUCCGUCUUCCUCUUCUUCUUGUUUCCCACUGUUUUCUUGCUGCUCCUCGAAAUCAGAGUGUUCGAGGCUGACCCGCCCGCCCUGCUAAAUUUCUCUCUGAUAGAGGUACAACUGGGCAGUUCAACCUCUUGCCAUCGGUGUUUCCUAUCUGACAGAGCGCUGACGCACUGCAAAACGAUGUUUACUUUUGCUGCAAAAAAAAUGUUUAUGUCCAGUCCGCACAUCUUCUGUAUGCUCUGCGGUGCCAUUAGUGCAGUUGGUAACGGUUAAACUACUGACAGGAUCAUGGCACGUUCGGAUAGAGGAUACCAAGAAUUUAGAUUUGUAAAAUAAUACGCCGCCCAAUUGGUUCGCCUCUUUAAGCCUUCUUUUGCUGCAUUUCCAAAGUUUCUUGCGUAAUCUAACACAGUGAAAAAUUUAUCUUUGUGAUACACAACCGAGCAAAUAUGAGCCUCGUCUAAUGUCAAACAACUCAACAGUUACGAGUGUCAUAUCGGUAUAAUUCUGAGACUUGCUGGAGGGUUUCAAGUCCUUUAGACGCAGCAGUCUUAGAUACCAAGUUACUCUGUGAACCAUUGAGGAUUUUUUGGUAAACUGGCAACUUCGCUUCUCACAGAAUUUUCGUUCCCGCGCAAUAGUUGAAGAGUUUCGCUGACCAACCCGACCGCCCCUUGAAUGCUAGUGAGCCUGUGCGCCUGGUGCUUUUCAUGGACUGAGAAGAUCAAUUUCUUCAUUCAUUCCCGUUAGCGGACAUCCUGGUUCUCGAUUCGUUUGAAGUGAUUACUUCCCGAAUCCUGCUCCUCAAAAUCACUGAUUCCCGCGUCCCGUUCACUAUAGCAAUCCAGCAUCUCGCUUCCCUCUUACUCAAAAUUCCCGGAUCUCAGCCUUUAAAAAAGCCCAAUCCCAGAUCCUGAGAAACUUAUUAGGGACCCUCUUAUAUACUCUGAAAGAAAAUAACACUAUUGUUAACAUAAGCUAUUUAAAAUUCGUUCAGAGUCCGGCUUGGGUAUACUUCAAAUUUUCCCUACUCAAUGCUCCCUUUGAAAAUUUCUUUAUCACAUACAAUGCCAAUUCUUAGCGUUUGUAUACUUAUCUUGAAUACCAAUGUGUCACAAAAACAAACUUCACUGGAAGCUAACCUAAUUUAACUUCUUUAACAUUGCAGACCGUAGGACCCCAAGCUUAUAGAAUAAAAUAUUUGAAGGUGAAUCCUGAUAGUCGGCUAUUAUGUAAGUUAUAGCGAUAUGAGAGAACAGAGUUUACAUUUGAGACAAGCCAAUAAGUUGACAAGAGUUUAGGAAGAUCAGAUGCUUAUUUUUGCAGAAUAUGACUGGAAGUAGAAUCGCAUUUAUCCUCAACUCAGAUGUAACCGGCUAUGUGAAGUUUACUACAAAGUAUAUUUUAUUUAUGAGAAUAAGUGUUGGUUACGAAGAAAGUUUUUCUUUUAAGACAAUAAGUGCUGAAUAAAUUAUAAAGAAACUGCCGGAUACCAAUUACCAUUUCAACAACUGCAUUGAAGCCUCUAUAGUUCACAAUAGCAUUCUAAUGAUAACAAUUGAUAAAGUGGGUCUGAAAUUUUAGCUGAGUAUCAAUUGUUAACUUCAGAACGGCAAUAAGGCCACUAGAGUUGACCAGAAAUUUAAAUGACGACAACUGAUAAACUAGAUUUGAAUUUAAAGGGGAGGCGAAAUUCACAGAUUUUUUUUUGUUCCUUGAAUAAGAUGGUAUAUUUCAAUGUUUAUUCAUACAGAAAUGGCUGACGUAAUUAACACUUGGCACAGACGAAUACUUCUCUUUAACAUUUAAUGAACGAUUACAAUAUUCAUUAUUCUGUUAUUCAGCGCUCAGAGCAUUCUUUCAAUUAGCCCGUCCAUUUGACUAUAAUGGGAAAGAAAAGAAAUAUAUUUGAAAAGAAGACUAUUAAAUAAACAUCUAAGAACUCCUUUUAAAUUAAUUAAAAUCUUCCCGAAGCUGUUACAAAGUUGAGUAUACGCACCGAAGGCAAAGUCUUGACCAAAAAAAACCGAAAUGAAUUUUUUUCUGUGUGCUGUUUUAGUUGUGUUAUUAAUGUCCGAAGUCGUAACAUCUCAAGCAUUUCUUUGUAAGGAAGCAUCUCUUUCUUGUCCUGUGAUAACUCACAAUAAUCGCCGACUUAAAGGCUUUACGCUAAAAACAUUUCACUUUACAAGCCUGAUAUCCUGCGGUUUGCAAUGUCAGAGAGACCCUCGAUGCGUUUCAACAAAUUUCAGAAAAGUUUCCAAAGCUAAAGGAACCUGUGAGUUAAACGACAGAGGAGUCUUCUCUCUUGAGGAAGGAAAAGAACUGGAAUAUGACGAAGAAGCUAUUUACACUCAAUUAUAUGUCAAAAAGGUAACAAAAAUUUGUCUUAUCUAUUUUAAGUAAUGAUCCACACAAGAAGUGGGCAUCCUCAAAAAGUUUGUAUGUGUCUACUCACCGGAACGCACCUAAAUAAAAGACGGAAAAGCUACGAUCUUGGCUUUGUCACGAGAAGGGGAGUAAGCUUACGGAUGAAUUUUGUGUUGGGUGAUAGUGGAAUAUCAGAACACGAAAUCCUCUGACCUGAGAUUUCAUUUAAUUCGUGACAUCUUUCUGGUAAAAUGAUUAUCUUUUCGACGUUAGAAGUACAAAUUUACUAUCUGUCUUAUCUGUCUUAGUAAUGUGCCUAUCCUUUGAUCCUUUUCAAGUUAUGCUAUGAUGCAAUGUCGAAUUUUCAUCAGUCUAUUGAUAAACGCGAGCGGAGAAUGGUUCGCGGCGUUACUAGGAAUAUUGACAAAUAAAAAAAUGGGCUACUUUCCAAAUUUUCAGUAUCUUUGGAUAAAUGACAUUUGCAAAGUCCUCCCAAGAACAAUGCAGUUAGAGUUAAUUAAGUUGGGUAUUCUUAAAAUAAUUUUGUGGACUGAAAGAAGGUAACAUUCAUGAUUUGAGACACAGAACUGAAAUUUUCAGCUUUGUGCUAAUAAUUUAACGAUGGGUCUCUAUUUGAUGAAUAACCAAGAUGACUAAUUAAUUUCCUUAAAAAAAAAGAUAUUCUUAUAUCUGAGCAGCACAACUGUCAGGUUUUCAAGGAAGAGUUUAAAGUCGUCAGCUGCAAAUGUAAGUAGGGCUGAAUAGAAAAAUAUUCUCAAAAUUAAUGUCUAAGAUCCUGCACUUACAUCACUGAGGAGUUACUAGUCUCAGCCGCCUCUUGCCUUUGUGUCAAGAGGCUUCCCGUCAAUACUUGCGGAGUCUCCCUCAUCUUCUUCGGAUUUACAAGAGUAGCUGUAUAGCUAAUUUCUCCGAGAAAAAGAAAAAGAAAAAGAAAAACAGAAAAUAAAUAAAUAAAAGUAAAAUCCUAUAUUAUAUACAGUACAUUAACCACUAUAAGUAACAAAUGCAUUGAUGUUCAAAAGAAAUUUGGCAAAUUUUAGUUCUAAACUCAUUCAAGGACGUCAAUGAUCUUAGGUCCACUUUUAGUUUGUUCAAUAUUUUUGCAGAAGUGUAUCUGAAGGAAUGAAGACCAUAAGAGGUUGUGUUAACGUAUGAGAUAACAAGUUUCCUUGAUCCUCGUAGGUUGCGUUCAGUAUUUCUCAUUUGAAAAAGAUCAUCGUUCGGCAUCGUUUCAAAUUAGAUUGCCUUAAAAACUGUUUUCAUCAUGUCUUGGCACCUGAUACCACACACUACAUAGAUCACUAGAAUUGAAUUUGCUCAGUAGCUCCUGGUAGUGCAGAGACUUCUCGUCCAGACCAUCGCCGUGAACCUCCCCGAACCAUUUCUGGACGUCGUAUAUCUGCUACCUUCAAAGUCCUCGAGUGUGGUUUAAAAGAAAAAAUAUUGCGCGGGAAAAUACUGCGAGGGUCAUUUCUGAACAAAACAAAAAGAUGAAGAAAAUAAGAAGCUCCCUAAGACGUUGAAGAUUCGUAUUUUCCCAAUUAAAACUCAUUCAUAAUUUCAAAUGCAGUCUGUCCCUACGAAAACGCAUUGCGAAACUUGAACGCGAUAACCUUAAACACAUCUUGGGAUUGUACAGGGCAAUCCCUAUGCAAAAACCUCUGGAUAUUCCGAAGGUACCGUGGUAUUAAUUACCGUGCGGGGUACGAGAUGACAUUUAAGAACUUGACCAUCACUUGAAGUUCAGAGACUUUUAAUAUUCGGAGAGUUCUCAUCUGUUAAUUUUUUUCUAAUUUGGAUCCUAAAGACGAAAUCGAAACUUUAAACUGCAGUGAUUUUGAUAUUCCUGUUCGAACGUUGAAAGUAUCUGCAGUCAUUAAUGGUAGCCUUCACAAUACGUGUGAUUGUGUUUCUCUGUCCAAAAUACAGGUGAAGAGUCAUCAAAAGGCCCAGUUCCCCUAGGUAUGGAAAGUGGAGUUAUUACUGACUCGCAGAUCAGUGCAUCGUCCGUGUACAGUAAUCAACAUGUCCCACAAAAUGCCAGGUUACACUUCAAGGGGGCCAAAGCCCCGUUUGUAUCUGCUGGCUGGCGAGCUCGUGAGCGAAACACCAACCAGUGGCUUCAAGUGGAUCUUCAGCAAACCACAAGGGUAAUAGGCAUAGCGACGCAAGGGAGACAUGAUUACGAUCAGUGGGUUACUAAAUACAAGCUACAACAUGGCGAUGAUGGACAACCUUACAGUGUCUACAGGCGAAACGGAGACAUAUCAGACACGGUAUAAACGAGAAUGACUUUUUGAGCAAGAUGCUUUUUUUCCUUUUUGCUGCGAGGGUGAACCAAAGAAAAACAAUUAAGAGUUUCCAUGAGUUAUAGAACCUCAGAGAUUCGAAUUCUGCGCUUCAAUGCCCUAACGCUACGCCAUAGCGACUUUACAGGCAGCUGAGCCAUUACAAGGUUCAGCUGAGCUAUUACGAGGUCCAUCAUAUGUUCAGACAUGAGCUUUUCUCUUUUUGCUUUUUGUGAAGUCGAGAUACUUGAGAACGCUAGAGAACGAGUAGUAGAAUUUAGUGAGAUCAAACUGUAUUAGUUUAUAUCUAUAUUUAUGUUUGAUUGCUGAUAAACAUGUAGAAAAGCAUCUACUAAGGUUCUAGGUUUAGAGUUAGCGCUCCUGUGUAAUGCAUAGCUUCGUCAACUUUACAUCCCACAAUAUUCUACUCAGGUUUUCCCAGGAAACACUGACAGGGACACAGUUGUGUAUCACGAUAUUAACCCGGUCAUUGAUGCUCGCUUCGUUCGAGUUCUUCCGAUGGAUUGGAUUGGCGCCAUCGGAAUGAGAAUGGAGCUUUACUCUUGUCAAAGUAAGUUACUGGCUGGAUUAUUGUGCUUCACUCUAAGAAAUGAUCACCAUAAAACUUCUCCCUUUAAUAUAAAGAAAAACACCAUUUAACUUGGCGAAAUGCGAGGCAAUAGCGCGCGUACACGACGCGUUCUAUCCGUUUACGCAGGUUUCACGUGUUUCUUAUAACAUCCUCUUCAACUGUCCUAUUAUACUGUCCAAUUACAAGCAUGAUGCGUACACUGUCCUCUAAGUGAUCAAAUAAGGCUAGUGAUAACGAAAUACCUUCAAACAUUUUUUCAUUCUUUUGAUUACAUACGUAAUUGCAAGAUGGCAGUGAAGCUCAAACAUUUUAUAUGGCAUCCCCAACCCUAACCCUAAACCCUAAACCCUAGCCCUAACCCUGACCUAACCCUAACCCUGAGCAAUUUUUUAAGUAAUGAACAUGUAACUUCUUUUUAGCGUUUAUUUUCAGAAUACGUCAUCCAGCGAGCAUACAGAUGAAAAGAUGAGAUGAAUCUAUCAGCUGAUAGGUACUUUUUCUGAUAGAGCACCAAAUUUUGCACUAUGUCUACUGGUAAACGCAUAAUAGCUGAAAGGAUGAAUUUUCAAUCAAAUCUUGAAAGUCUAACGGUUAAGGCGGGGGAAUUGAAAUAAAUGGCAUUGAACUAUAUUGUGCGUGCUCGCUUAUGAUGUUUUGUCUCCAUAUUUUCUUAUUUGUAGACGAAUAACAGAAGUUUACGAAGAAUAUCACUGUGAUGUAAUCCCUCCUUUGCUGACACGAUGUAAUCCUUGUUUGUGGGCUACAAAGUGCAACACCUACUUGACUGAUGCACCAAUUAAUUAUCGUUAUUAAUAACAGAUUGAAUAGUAGUUUAAGCGUAUAAGUCAUUAUUAUUAAUGAUGUGAGCGAAAUGCACCAAUGACAGCACAUAAAAACGCACCUGUGAAAACGAACGAACGAAUAUUCUCUUUUUGGAGCCUCAUGUUCAAUUAACCUCAGUGCCUGACGAAGACCAAAGGUGUGGUGUUCGAAAUGUAGCUUAUGUUUGGAUGGCCUCGAUGAAAACCAAGGUAGUGUCUUGUAAUAAAAUAUGUAAUUUUUCAUGGUCUCUUAACUACUUCAACAAUGUAAUUGGUUUUGUUUCGUUGGAAGUGGAUACAUAAGUCAGUGUUCAUUAUGAAAAGAGCGGCAAGGAACCUCUGAUGAGUUGGCAUGCCGUUAAAACGUGUUUACCAAGUGUUUUAGUUAAACCUGCCAAAAUGCAAAUGAAUAUCGCGUGUGAGUGUAUACUCAGAUAGCCAGAGAUAUUAUGCUUUGGAAUUGUUGAAAAUUAAUAGCACAAUAAAGGAACUUUGUACAGCUGUUAAGGUUCAGAGACUGGUAUUACACUUCUUAGGGCGAAACUGGUAUUGAUUAAUAAUUAUAAUAAUAAUGAUAAAAAUAUUGAUAAUAAUAAUAACAUUGAUUAAAAAUUGGCAUUGAACACCUUGGCUCUUCUAGUCCGCAACAGGAAAAUAUUGAAAGUCCUUAACUUUUCGCGACAGACGAAUCUGAGAUUAAUAUGAUAAAAAUACUUCAUUUAUAUAAUGCUAUUUCUAUCGCUAUCCAAUAGCGCUAUGCAAUGAUUUGAAAAUAUCUCACGUAGAAAUAUCUAGAACAUGAGUACGAUAAACUAACUAAUAAAAUAACUAAGCUGUCAAAAUUAGUAUAAAAACUAAGAACAAUAAAACAUCGUAAUGAAAUUUACUAACUAACUACCUACCUACCUAUCUAAAGAACUAUUUAACUGACGAACCAAUAGUAAAAUAUCUGGUUAAAAAGCUUUCCUAAAAGAUGUGUUUUAAGAUUGCGCUUGAAUUGCAACAAAUUGACGCUUGAGCGGAUUUCCAGCGGCAGUGCGUUCCAGAGUUUAGCCGAGGCUACAGAAAAUGAUCUUGAACCAUAUCUGGUAAGUUUGUACACAACGUCAACCAAACGAUGGCCAGUAAUUGAUCUUAAAUAGCGUCUGGGCACAUAUUUUGUUAUAAGAUCGCAGAGGAAUUUUGACGCUUAGCGGUUCAAGCAUUUAAAUGUCAAUAAAAGAAUCCUAAAACAAUGCGCUCUUCAAUAGGCAACCAGUGGAGUUUACAAAGUACUGAUGUUAUAUGAUCACAUUUACGCGUAUGAGUAACAAUCCUGGCUGCUGCAUUUUGAACGCGCUAUAGUUUCCUGAGUGAUUCCUUUGGUAGACCAUACAAAUAUAAGUUGUACAGAUGAUGUACUGAUAUAUAAUAAUACUGAUAAAUAUUGUAAUAAAAUACGGAUACUGUAUCAGUGUUCUCCCUUAUUUUAAGCAUGACAGGUAAAAUAAAUUUUCAAACCGGUAAAGCAAUCCUUUUACCUGUUGAAUUUCAAGAAUUCCAAGCAAUUCUACACGGUAAUAAGAGGCACUACAGGCGGUAAAUGUUACCGGUUACCGCCUGAAAAGGAGAACACUGGAUACUACAAUAGACUGACACUAAAUUAAAGAAUAGUUCCCCUGUUUAAAGUCACUGAACUGACCUUAAUGCUCACACUUAGCGUUUAUAGGAGUUCACGCAUAUUACAUCGCAUUACUUUAACUUUUAGCAGUGAUAAAAAUGAAACUUAUCCCUAGGUUCUUAAUACAUAAUCUUAAAGCAGGCGAGAAAAUGAGAUGAAUCUAUCAGCUGAUGGGUUUUGUAUUUGAUUAAGCAUCAAAUUAUCUGAACCUGUUUACAAAUAAAAGUAUAGGAGCUGAAAGGAAGAAUUUUCAAUCAGAUCCUGAGAGUCUAACGGUUAAGGCAGGAGAAUUGAGAAAAACGGCCAAAACUAUCUUGUACGUUCUUAUUAAUACUGUUUUUUUUCUUAUUACUUUUCAUUUUGUAGCCGAAUAACAGCACCUUAAAAAGAAUGUCACUGUGAUUUAAUCCCUCCGUUACUGACACGAUGUGAUUGUUGAUUUUGGUUUCCGAGAAUAGUAGCUGCUGGACUGAUUAGCUAGUUAAUUAUUGACAGUUUUAGCUUAAUAGUCGCUCUGAUUCAUGAUAGUAGCAAAACGCACCCGUGGCAGCACAUUAAAACGCACCUGUAAAAACGAACGAACAUGCUCUUUUGGAGUCUCGUGUUCUGAAUCGACAUCAAUUUCCAACGAAGA